CUCGGGUCAAACAUACGUCUCAAGUAACCCCGCGUCGAUUCCGCCCACGUGUAUAUCGUUUUUUCCCAUCUCCCUGUUUUGCCACGAUUUCUUAUACCCAUUUUUUUGGUUUUUGGGGAUUUGCAAGAUCACAUCUCCGCCGACUUUCUUGGCAAUAAAUCACAUAACUGCUUCUGACGACUUUGAUCCAAUUAGUUUCCUCCAAUCACAAUUCAGGUUACAUUUUCUUGAAUUUUUAGCCAUACCCAUAUCAAAAUCUUGAAGUUUUACACACCAAUUUAGCUUCUGUUGGUUUAUAAUUUCUAGGGUUUUGAAACCCCUUUUCCCCAAUUCAAUUGUUUUUUUGCUUUAAUUACAAUUUGGGUUAUGUUUUCUUGAACUUUUAGCCAUACCCAUAUCAAAAUCUUGAAAUUUGAUACACCAAUUUAGCUUCUUUUGUUUUGUAAUUUCUAUGGUUUUGAAACCCCUUUUCCCCAAUUCAAGUUAGCUUUUUUUUUUUUUUUGCUCUAAUUAUAAUUUAUGUUUUGUUUUCUUGAACUUUUAGACAUUCCCAUAUAGAAAUCUUGGAACUUGACACACCAAUUUAGCUUCUGUUGUUUUUAUAAUUUUUAGGGUUUUGAAAGUUGAAACCCUUUUCCCCCAAUUCAAUUUCCAUGUGAGUUGAGUUUUAGAUUAAGUUAAAAAUGAUUUAUAAAUCUUUAUCUGCAAGUUCUGAUUUUUCCAAGAUUUUGUGGAUGUCAUCACCACCCAUUUGCCCAUGUGAGAAACCAAUUUCAUUUAGUGGAAGAAAAGAUUUUAGAAGAAGAAACAGAGGUGUGAUUUUGGGUUGUAUGGUUCCCUUUGAUGGCAGGAACCAAAGUGUGAGUAUUGAUAUUGCGAAUUCGGUUAAAAGGGGUUUGAAAACGUACUCAGAGAAUCGAAUUCGUAAUGAAUUUGAUGAAGAUAGUGAUUCAAUUCAAUUAGGUUAUUCUAAUGAGUUUAGUGGAUUUAGAGAAGACCCUGUUAUAGGUAAACUAACAACUCAACUCGGGGUCAUACACCCGAUCCCUUUACCUCCGAUUAAUAAAAAUAUCGGUGGGAUGUUCGUCUUGUUUUUCAUUAGUGGGGUUGUGUUUGAUAAGCUUUGGACAUCGCGAAAACAGAAAAACAAAAACGAUGAAGGAAAACUCGGAAUAUGGCCACAAGUUCCCACAAGUUUUUCGCUGUUUCUUGAAAAAGAUUUGCAGAGGAAAGAAUCUGUUGAGUGGGUCAACAUGGUGUUGGGGAAGUUAUGGAAGGUUUAUAGAGGCGGGCUCGAGAAUUGGGUAAUCGGGCUGAUUCAGCCCGUUAUCGAUGACUUAAAAAAGCCCGAUUAUGUCGAACGAGUCGAAAUAAAACAGUUCUCACUCGGGGAUGAGCCGUUUGUUGUUAGAAAUGUCGAGCGCAGGACUUCACGCAGCAACGAUGAUUUACAGUACCAAAUUGGUCUUCGUUACACUGGUGGUGCUCAAAUGCUUCUAAUGCUGACACUGAAAUUUGGUAUAAUUCCGAUUAAGGUGCCGGUUGGAAUUCGGGACUUUGAUAUUGAUGGAGAACUUUGGGUUAAACUUAGAUUGAUUCCCACUGAGCCUUGGGUUGGAGCUGCUUCAUGGGCUUUUGUCUCACUUCCCAAAAUUAAGUUUGAGUUGUUACCGUUUCGGUUGUUCAAUUUAAUGGCCAUCCCUGUACUCUCGAUGUUUUUGAAAAAACUUUUGACGGAGGAUUUGCCCCGAUUAUUCGUGCGGCCUAAUAAAAUUGUCUUGGACUUUCAAAAGGGAAAGACAGUUGGUCCGGUGCAAAACGACUUCAAGUCAGGUGAAAUGCAAGAAGGAAAUAAGGAUUUUGCUGGCGAACUUUCGGUCACUCUUGUUGAUGCUCGAAAACUCUCUUACAUCUUCUACGGAAAAACAGAUCCAUAUGUUGAACUACGCCUGGAAGAUCAAGUGAUACAUAGUAAAAAGAACAGUCAAACAACUAUAAUUGGCCCUCCUGGUCAGCCAAUAUGGAAUCAGGAUUUCAGUAUGCUAGUUACUGACCCGAGAAACCAGAAAUUGUCAGUACAAGUAAAGGAUUCUUUUGGAUUUAUACACUUGACCGUCGGUGCAGGAGAGGUUGACCUACGAUCGUUAAAAGACACAGUACCGACAGACAGGGUUGUGACUCUUCAAGGAGGUUUGGGACCGUUUAACAAGGGGCCCACUGGAGAGAUCCUACUUAGACUCACGUAUAAAGCUUACGUUGAAGACGAAGAAGAUGAAAGAAUCAAAGCCGACGUUGAUGCAUCAGACGACGAGUUUUCGGAACUAGCAUCAGCUGGCACUACAUAUGAGCCCUCUUCCGAUAAAGAAUCGUUCAUGGAUGUUUUAGCAGCCUUUAUUGUCAGUGAAGAGUUUCAAGGAAUAGUGGCUUCCGAAACCUUAAAUAAUGUAAACAGUAAUAAUACGAAGUCAACUAAAACGUACUCCGGUCAAACAUCUGAUUUUGCGACUGCUGAUAGUGGUUCUGAUUCAGGAGGGUCAGCUUUAUUAUGGCUUGGUGUGAUCACAACUAUCUCAAUUCUAACAGCCAUCAACAUGGGCGGCUCAAAUAUCUUUAAUCCUUGAUAAAAUGCAGUAACCGAGGUCGAUGGUCUCCCGAAUCGCAUUUCGGAUGCAGUAAUCGAGGUGAUUUAGAUUUCGGCAUAUUUUCGUGUUGAAAAUGCCGUACUUUUUGAGCAAAAAGAGUUACAUAUGCGGACUUUUUCUAGAGGUCUUGUUAUAGCUGGGGUAUAGAAAAAAAUGAAAUAGUUUUUGGUAUAGGGGUUAAAAGUGUCAAAACAAGGAAGUAUGGGGGUUUAUUUAUACCAUUAAAACCCAACACUUGUUUAUACAUUUUCAUUUUAAGUUUUCUAUAUUAUUUUUUCUUCUUGAAUUAGUGGUAAAUGUAUAUAAAAGUACAAGCGACACAUGCAUAUUUGUGCUUACACGUUUAUAAACAAACUUGAUA